UUAAAUGUUUUGUUGAAUUUCAGUGUUAGGGCAUCCAUGCUGAGUGCUGCAUCAACAAAACAGAUGGGAGUUGAUUUUAUGAUUCCAGUUGGUAGGAAAAAAAGUGGAAGCACAGAUAAGAAAGAUGAUGAUGAUGAUGAUGAUGAUGAUGAUAUGAAAGCUGAUGAUGAUGACAGAAAAGCUGUUCAAAUGCAAGAAAGUCCAGAAAGUGAUGUUAAAAAGAAAAAGCAUAAGAAGAAAGAUAAAAAGCAUAAGAAGAAGAAGAAGAAGAAGAAGAAGUUAAUGAAACUAGAUAGCAUGGAAGAAAAAACUGAACGGAAACACAAAAAGAAGCUGUUGGCAGAACAAGAAUUCACAGGUAAGAAGAAACGACAUGAUUCUGAUUCAGACAGUGACGAUGAUAAAGGUAUGAAGGAAUCAAUCAGUGCAAUUUCAGCAAGAGAGUCUAUGGAAGUUGAAAAGAAGACAAUACAACAGUUUGCUAAUAAACAAGAUAAAGAUUCAGGAAAACAUAAAUAUGAAGAAAGAGAUUUCAGAGGCAAUCUUCCGGAUAAGCCUAAAAAAUACAGAAGUCAAUCUAAUGAUGAUUCUGAUAAUGAAAUCCCUAAGAUGAUAGUAAGCGAUAGCAAUAGUUCAGAUAGUGAAGGUGAUCAAAAUGUUUUGGCAAAUAAACAUUCUCUUAGUCCAAAGAGUGGUCGACAUGAUAUGAUUAAAAAUAUAAAGCACAAAGAAGCAUCUGUUGAAAAACAAACAGCAGAUGCAGAUAAGCUAGGGCAAAAAUAUUAUCAAGAAAAUCCAUAUAAAACUUACAAAAAUGAUAAAUAUAGGAAACUAGAACGAGAUACAGAAAGAAUUAAAGAAGGAUUUGAAGGAGGAAAGUCUUCAAAAGAAAGAAAUAUAAUUAGUAGUCCACCAUCAAAACAUUCUACAGAAGAAGCUCUUGAAAGUCAUCAAUUCAUACAUAGUCAAAAAGGUGAAAAAUCCAUUCAUUCAUCAAAACUAAAUGAAUAUGAGAAGAAAGGCUAUGAAAGCAGCAUGCAUCGUUCAAGAGAUAAUGAAAGAAGUAAAAAAUCUGAAAUGGAACAAGGUCAUGGUGGAAGAAAUAGACAGCUUGAAUAUGAAAACUAUCCUAGCAAAUCUUCAGAGUCCAUUUUACCAAAACAUGUCUCAAAAUCUAACCGACCUAGUAGUCAAUCAUCUGGAACCCAUAGUGAGAAAUAUGAAAGUAAAAGACGACAUGAUAGCAGUUCUAGUUCUGAAAAUGAACAAUUGGAAACAAAGCAUGAAGAUAAAAAUUACUCCAAAUCUAAGAGAUCAAUAAAUGAAAUGAUGGAUUCUAGAUCAAAAAUUUCUAAUAAAAAUAAAUCAAGUAGUGAUGAGCUCCCUGACGAUCAUAAAAGUGAGAAAGUUAAAUCAGCUGCACAGCGAAAUUAUAAUGAAAACAUUUCAGAUCAUAUGCUAGAAUCUAAAAAAGCUUUAUCUGCUAAAGAGUAUGGUAUUAGAAAUGAAGGAAAAAAUAUUAUGAAAAGUAGUGAUUCUUCCAGUAGUGAUGAUGAACCUAUAAAAAAUAUUGAUAAUAAAAAGCAAUUAGAAAAAGCUACUAGUCAUUUAGUUGAAAAACAUUUAGAAGCAAGAGAAAAGAGAGGAGGUAGUAAAUUAUAUGAUAGUAGUUCUGCUAGUGAAGAUGAUGAACAAAAACUUAUAAGACAAAAACGAGCAGAAAGAAAAAGCAACUCAUCAUCUAGUCAAGAAGACAAUUCUGAAACUGAAAAAUUUUCAAAAAUACAACAAGAAGCAAAACCUGUUAAAAAGUUAGAACGGAAACAAAUUAAUAGCAGUGAUGAAGAAAGACAGAGUCCAGAAAAAGUACAUUCUGAACCUAGUAAAAAAAUGAAACCAAAGAUCGAGAAAAAGCGUUCAUCUAGUAGUAGCAGCAGCAGCAGUAGCGAUGAAGACGUGAAGUCAAAACCAACAGAUAAAAAGUCAUCAAAAAGAGAUCAUUCAUCAGAUAGUGACAGCUCUCGUUCAGAACCAAGAAAUCGUUACGAUAACUCACAUCAUAAAAAUUUUCAUUCGGGAAGACACGAAGCCGAUAGAAAUAGACGUAGUCAAUCUAGCACUGAUAGUGAGAAGCGUUCACCUCAGAGAAAUCGUUACGGAGAUAAAAAUAGGAAUCGAAGAGAUAGCAGUUCAGAGAGUGAGCCUCGUCAGUCAACAUCUAGAAAUUGGGAUGACAGAAGACCUUGGGUCAGAAGACAGCCUUGGUCUCGAAACUGGAGAGACAAUAGAGGUUAUCGAUGGCAACCUCAAAGAUAUCAAAGAAAUUUUGGGAGAAGACAAAUGCAAUCUCGUUGGCAGAAUAACAGAUCAAAUAUGGAUAGGCAGGGCUACAGAGGAUCAUAUAAUAGGAAUGUCAGGGAUAGAUAUAUGGAUUCUAAUCGACGAAGACGUGACAGUAGUUCAGAUAGCAGUGCACGUGGAAGACGAGAUAAAGGAGACAGGGAUAGGUAUCGUAGAUCAGAUAGAGGUCCAUCUAGUUCUAGACGCAGAAGUAAUAGUAGUAGUUCAGACAGUGACGAACAUUCGAAACAUGCUAUAGUCGAUAGCCGAGGAAAGGGGGAAAAACGAAAUUACAGAAAACGCCACGAUAGUAGCUCAGAUAGCGAACCCAGAAAAAAGUCAAGAAAUACUAAAGAGAAAAGUUCCAAUCAAAAACGAAGAUAUUCAUCAGACUCUUCAUGAAGUAUUAGUGUAUUUGUGCAUAUCAUAUAUUGCAUGCAUAUAGAUUUCAUGUAUUUGAUACAGAGAACAGGGUAGGUGAUUUCAUCUAAAUGUGGCCAUUAUUGUUACAUUUAAGAAAUUUUUUUCUUUUUGUUUUCUUUCAUUAAAAUUGAUUUUAAGAAGAAAGUAUAAGCUUUGUAAAUGAUUAAAAAUGCAUUUCAUUAUAUAAAUUGAACACAAUUUUAUUGUAUUGUGUUCACUCUAAGACAUUUUGACCAGAACAUUUUAGACUUUUCUGAGUAUUUUCUGUUUGAGCAUUUUUCUCUUGAAAAAGAAUAAUUUUUUGUUAUAUCUCUGUAUAUUAACAUAAGUAUUCAUUAUAUUACAUUUUAAGAAAUGAUGUAUAUCCCAAUAACUGUGUUCUUAAAUGCGAUGUAAUGCUUCUUUAAAUUAAAAAUUUCAACUUUUGCCAUAUUUGUACUUAAAUCUCUGCAUUUUCAAUACAUUUAAUUAUAUCAUGAAUAGAAUGAUAUUCACAUUAUGGAAAAUAAGUUGUUUCCAAAAAUUUUUUUAAUUUUGAAAUUACAGAGCUUUAUAUAUUUCUAAUCCAAAAUUAUUGUUUUAUAUGAAAUGAAAUAGUAAGGUUUUUCUGAAAAUGCAGGGAAAUUUGGCAACAAGUUUUAAUUUUUUUUGAAGACUUAUAGAAAUUAAUAGUUUAAUGUUAUUUCCUCAAUUUUUUGGAAUUUUUAGAGAUGUAAACAAAUAAAAAGUGUUGUGUGGAAAUUGUUGGUCGUUUUGUAAUUGUUAAUUG